UUUUUUUUUUUCAUUCAUUCUCUUUUCGGCUUCUUCUUUUUCUUCCUUCCUUCCUUUCCUUCCUUUCUUUCAACAAUGCAAGCUGCAACUAGAGCUUUUGGAGGAUCUGCUCUUCGCGUUAGUACUCGUUUGACUUCUCAAUCUACAUUGAAGACAGCUUAUCGGUGUAACAGUACUUCUUCUGUUAAUAAGCCUUUCUCCAAAUGGUCUCUUUUCAAAGGUGUCGUCAAAUUCGGUGCUGUGGCUUUUAUUGGUUAUGGUGGUUAUGCCAUGUAUGAACAUCGUCAUCCUCCUGUUCAAUCUGAUAUGGAUCCUACCAAGAAAACCAUUGUUGUCCUUGGUAGUGGUUGGGCUUCUACUUCCUUCUUGAAAGCUAUUGAUACUGAUGAAUAUAAUGUGGUUGUUGUCUCUCCUCGCAAUUACUUUUUAUUCACUCCUUUACUUCCUAGUUGCACUGUUGGUACUGUGGAUGUCCGAUCUAUUGUUGAACCUAUUCGAUUCAUCACGCGUCACAAAUCUAGAGCUGUCAAGGUUUAUGAAGCUGAAUGUACUGAUAUUGAUCCAGAUAACAAAAUGAUUACUAUUGUUGAUAAUUCUGAUGUUAAAGGCAGCAAAGAUCAAAGUACAUUAUCAUAUGAUUAUCUUGUUAUUGGUGUAGGUGCUCAAAAUCAAACAUUUGGUAUCAAAGGUGUACAAGAAUAUGGUUGUUUCCUAAAAGAAGUAUGGGAUGCUCAAAAAAUUAGAAGUAAAUUAAUGGAUUGUAUCGAAACUGCUGGUUUCCCUGAUCAAUCUCCUGAAGAAAUGGAAAGAUUAUUACAUAUGGUAGUGGUCGGUGGGGGACCUACCGGAGUGGAAUAUGCAGCAGAAUUACAUGACUUUUUGAUUGAUGAUUUGACAGCAUGGUAUCCUGAUUUAGCUGGUAAACUCAAGAUUACUUUAGUAGAAGCUUUACCCAAUGUUCUUCCUGCUUUUUCCAAACAAUUGAUUGAUUAUACGGAAUCGACUUUUAAAGAACAAAAUAUUACAAUUCAUACCAAGACUAUGGUGAAAGAAGUUAAGGAAAAAGAAAUCAUUGUACAACGUCCUGAUGGUAAACAAGAAUCUAUUCCUUUUGGUUUAUUGGUAUGGGCUACAGGAAAUACUUCUCGUCCUUUGAUUCGUGAUUUAAUGUCCAAAUUCCCUGAAUCUCAAACUAUUCGUCGUGGUCUUGCUGUUGAUGAUUGGCUUCGUCUUGAAGGUUCUGAAUCCAUCUUUGCUCUUGGUGAUGCUACUGCUACAAAGUAUGCUCCUACUGCUCAAGUUGCUGCUCAACAAGGUAAAUAUCUCGCUCGUCUCUUCCAUCAAAUGACUACUCGUGAUCAACUUGAAGCUGAAAUGGCAACUGUUUCCGAUGAAGAACGUGCCAAGAAAGAACGCAAGUUACAAAAAGCCAAGGAUAUUAAACCUUUCCAAUAUUCUCAUCAAGGAUCUUUAUGUUAUGUUGGUUCUGAUAAGGCUAUUGCUGAUUUACCUUUUGGUCCUGGUAAUGUUUCAUCUGGUGGUGUGGCAACUUAUGCUUUCUGGCGAUCUGCUUAUAUUUCCAAUCUUUUCUCUGGUCGUAACCGUGCUUUGGUCAUUACUGAUUGGUUAAAGAAGACUGCUUUGGGUCGUGAUAUUUCUAGAGAAUAGAUUCACUUUUAGAUUAGAUUAUAUCUAUAUUACAUUAUAUACAAAGAAUAGAUAGAUAGAUAGAUCUUUUUUUAUUAUUAUUAUUUAUUUAUGUUUAUUUAUAUUUUUUUUUCCCUCUAUGCAUUAUAAUUCAUCUCCUUCCUCCUUUCUUUUUAUUUCAUUGAAUUGUGGAUCUCAUAUACAUA